AUGAACUUCAGCAGGGAAGUGACCCGACAGACCAGUUGUUAUACAUAUGUGAUAGAAGAUGAGGAUCCAGCCCUGGCAAGUCUAAAUGUAUUUGAGUUGUCGGAGAAGGGUGACUUGGCUUUGCUGGAGAACCUGGUGAAGAAGAGCCCAGAGGUCCUGAAUGAAAGAGAUGAAUGUGGAGCCAGUCCCCUUCAUCAUGCUGCCGCAGGGGGCCACGUCACCCUCAUCCAAUCUAUCACUGCUGUCAUAGACUCAAAGGAGCUGGACAGCUGUGAUGAGCAGGGCAAUGUGCCCCUACACUGGGCAGUGGAGAAAAACAAGGCUGAGAGCUGUAGGGCUCUUUUGGACCUGGGAGCUGACCCCAACAUCCUCAACAUGGCCCUCCUGUCCCCACUACAUCUGGCUGUUAGCCAAGGACACAACAACCUGGUGGAGCUCCUACUGUCCUACAGUGCUACAGACUGCAAUCUGCCAGGAGACCUUGGGAACACCCCAGUGAUGCUGGCCUGCUCCAUCAAUAACUGUGAGGCUCUCAGCACACUGAUAAAGCAUGGAGCACGCCUUUGCCAACAGAACAAGCUCGGCCAUUACGCCAUGCACGCAGCUGCUUUUGCAGGUGCAAAAACAGCCAUGGAAGUGAUCCUGAAGGCCGGAGAAGAGCUUGGUCACUCAAGUGAAGGCCACAUCAACUAUCUUGACAAGUCCAUGAGCAGUCCCCUCCAUCUGGCUGUACGUGGUGGGAACAUCGAGACCAUUCGCCUCUGCCUAGCCACCGGGGCAAAAGUUGACCAACAACAGAAUGACAGAUCCACGCCGCUUCAUUUGGCUUGCACCCAGGGCGCUACAGAGGUAGUCAAACUGAUGCUCUCAUCCUAUGACCAAGUGGAAGACAUCAUCAACCUGACUGAUGGGGCGUGUCAGACCCCUCUACACAGGGCUACAAUAUUUGACCACAUGGAGCUGGCAGAGUAUCUAAUAUCUUUGGGUGCAGACCUAAACAGCACUGAUUGUGAGGGGAACUCUCCCUUACUGCUGGCUACGAGCUGCGGAGCUUGGAAAACAGUGGCACUGCUUCUGUCAAAAGGGGCGAAUGUAAAUGUCAAAGAUGGAUUUGGUUGUAACUUCCUUCACCUGGCCAUUCAACAGCCCAAGGGUCUGAAAAAUCUCCCAGAAGAUGCACUCCAGCAUAGUUCUGUGAAGGCGUUGCUGAGCUGUGAGGAUAAUGAGGGCUGUACCCCACUCCACUAUGCUUGCAGACUGGGUAUCCAUGACUCAGUGAAGAACAUGCUGGGCCUCUCGGGACAGCUCGGCCUCGAAUGCAAGUCCAAGGACAAGAAGUCUGCCCUGCACUUUGCUGCUCAGUACGGGCGCAUCAAUACAUGUCACAGAUUAUUGGAGACCAUCACAGACUCUCGUUUGCUAAAUGAAGGGGAUGAGCGGGGUCUGACACCACUUCAUUUAGCUUCGAGAGGGGGGCACACCAAGGUGGUACAGCUGCUGCUCUCUAAAGGAGCUCUAUUUCACAGUGAUUACAAAGGCUGGACGUGUCUGCACCAUGCUGCAUCUGAGGGAUACACACAAACUAUGGACAUUCUCCUGUCAGCCAAUCUAAAGUUGCUGAAUAAAACAGAUGAGGAUGGGAACACUGCACUCCACAUUGCAGCAAGAUUGGGGCAUGUGGCUGCAGUCAAGCUCAUGCUGGCUCGUGGGGCAGAGCUCAUCUUAAACAAGAAUGACACAUCAUUCCUCCACGAAGCUCUGCAAAAUGGAAAAAAAGAUGUAGUCAAUGCUCUAAUUGACAGUGACAGAUGCCCAGAGGCUGUAAACCUGUUCAAACCAGGCUCUAGCCAACGAUGUCCAAUAUUAGACAUGAUUGAGGUCCUACCUGAGACCUACAAGCACUUGUUGGACCGCUGUGUGAAGGAAUCUGACGAUGAUCAUAACAGUCCUGACUACCAUAUUGAAUUCGAUUUCAAAUGGCUCCAAGCUCCCCUAGUACUGAAGAAGGUGAAGGACAAGACCUUGAGACCUCAGCCACUAGCUGCACUCAAUGCAAUGGUGCAGUACAACCGUAUUGAGCUCCUCAACCACCCGGUCUGCAAAAAGUAUCUGGCAAUGAAGUGGAUUGCUUACGGGAGCACAGCUCACGUGCUCAACAUGUUUUUUUACCUGUUAGGCCUUCUGCCCCUAACUCACCUGAUAGUGACUCUGAGGCCCUCCAUGAACACCACUGAGACAGGGGAGCACAGCAUCCAGAUGGUGCCCACAUAUUUCCUAAAGCAAAGUCUGUUUUUGUCCUCGUGUAUGGUGAUGGUCUUGAUCAUAAACAUCUACUCGAUAGCAAAGGAAGUGGUGCAGAUAUCACAACAGCGCUGGAGUUACUUCAGGGAUUAUUCCAACCAGUGUGACUGGUUUUCAGCCAUCUUCUCUCUUCUGUUCAUCAUUCCUCUCAUGCUCAAUGCAGAGGGUUCAUUACACUGGCAAGCAGGGGCAAUGGCAGUUUUAAACUCCUGGGUGGGAUUUCUCCUUUAUCUCCAGAGGUUUGAGGGGAUUGGCAUCUAUGUUGUGAUGUUUGGGGAAAUCAUGAAGACACUGGUCCGUAUUGUAAUGCUGUUCCUGUACCUGAUGUUAGCGUUCAGUUUGGCGUUCCAUGCUCUGAUGCUUAACCAGAAAGAGUUUGACAGUGUGCCACUUGCGGUGAUGCAAACCUUUGUGAUGAUGGUGGGAGAACUGAACUACCAGAAUAACUUCCUGGAUGCUUAUCUGAAACAUGAGCUUCCCUUUGGUCUCCUGACAUACUUCAUUUUUGUGACCUUUGUUCUGCUCAUGCCAAUACUGCUGGUUAACCUUAUGAUUGGUUUAGCAGUUGGAGAUAUUGCUGAAGUACAGAGAAAUGCUGCCCUAAAAAGAAUAGCCAUGCAGAUUGACCUCCACACCGCCCUAGAAGAUAAACUGCCUUAUUGGUUUAUGAAACGAGUUGACAAACCCUACAUCACCAUUUACCCCAAUCGCAAGUGCUCCAGGCACCGCAUAAACCAACUCUUCUUAGGUGAAGAGGACAAAAAUGAAGUCUGGAGUCAUUUGAAGGCCAAAUCACAGAACUGUCCUGUGAUAGAGAAUGAGCUCAAAAAGCAGAAGUCCAGGAUGAAGGAGAUGUCAUGUUUGCUGGAGAAGCAGAGCAACCUCCUGAAGCUCAUCAUCCAGAAGAUGGAGAUCACCUCAGAGGCAGACGAGUACGAUGGCCCUGUGAACAUCAGACGCAACGUGUGGCCAAACUUGAGUCAGGCUAAACCAAGAGGACACAAUGUGUCACGCUGGCUUCCACUGAUGAAGGCCAUUGAUUCCAAAAAAAAUGGAAGAUAA